UCUGCGAAAGGUGACCUCUCCUGUUGUUUUUAAGCCCCAGGGGUGCGUCAUUGGCCAGUUCUCUAUCAGGCGUAUACGUCACUCCAGAUUCGUCGCGUGCGUAGGUGACGCUCGAACGACAGGAUAAGAUGAAGAUGAAGAGGAAGCUGGGCGACGGGAGAGGAACGCGGCCGCCGGCCACCGCCGUCAGCGGAGCGCACAGUCAUGUGACUACGCCUUCGACGCCGCGCUGGCCCUUGGCCGUUCGCCAGCUGAGUCACGGUGCCAUCUCGGUCGCUUCACUGCUGCGGUGGCUGCUGCUCGGGGCGACGCUCCAGACCGCGGCAACGGCGAGGAAUGGCUUCGACGCAAACUUCGGCAAACCGGUGCAUGGGCUGCUGCUCUACCGGAGCGCCGAAGGUCCCGUACGCCCCUGCUGCACCUUCUUGUCGACUCGAUUCAGGCUGCCACCGCUGUACGAGCAGGAAGACGUCUCCCGUGGUGUGGAGUUCCGCUACGCGAACCGGAGCUGCCAGCUAGACUUGGCCACUGCGUCUGCCAAGCACGUCUUCCUCACCGUUCCGGUGGACGACACGGCAUGUCCAUUCGAGGACUCGCUGGCGCAGGCGGUCUCUGCAAAGGCUUACUCCCUCAUCGUGGCCUGCGACAUUGAGCGCAAGGUCCACCUAACCUAUUUUACAUCUGGAGAAAAUUACACAGUGCCUGUGCAAGACAUUAUAGUGGGCCUCAUCAGGCAUGACAUAGUCGAAGCGUUCAAGCCCAAAAAUGCGGAGGUGCCGGCGACCUCGGCAACCAACGUCAGCUAUUUGGGCGGAGACACGGCUCAGCUGUACGUGCUGGAAGCGAACACCAUCAUUGGCGCUUCCCUGAUCUGGUUGAUGGCGUGCACCACCGUAGCCGUGGGGGCGCUCUGGUCAGGAAGCACCAGGAAGCUGCUCUACUUAACCCAGCACCGACGCACCGAGCCGAAGGGCGAGCAGCAGCGUGAAGCGGACGCUGCACAAAGCCGCACGUCGCUCGGGCCGGACUCCACGACGUCGCGCCCGGCGUGGACGACGUCGACCAAAGAGCGCUCCAAGUCGCAACACCACCACCACGACGCUCGGUCGCGGUCGUCAUCGAAACGUGCCGACGACUUCCCCAGUUCGGACAACGAAACGCUCGACGAGGAGAUCGCGUUCGCCGAGUGCCCUGUCGACUGCAACCUCCUCACGCUGUUUGUGUUGAUGUUGGCGGUGAACCUGCUUGUCCUCUACUACUUCUUCAACAAGCUGUGGCCCCUCCUGGUUGGGUGCAUCGCCUUGGCAUCGACGAUGUCAUUAAUCGUCAUUUUCAAUUCCCUGGCCUUCUUGAUACCAUGCGCCAGUAUGCGGAUGCCAAACGUGUUGUUUCCGUGCUUCGUGCAAAGCAUGGAGAUACGACACCACGUGGCGAUAUGGUGCGCCAUCAGCAUCACCUUAGUCUGGGUCGUCUUCCGCAAGGCCCACCACGCUUGGAUACUGCAGAAUUUCUUGGGCUCCAGCUUUGCCCUCAACAUCUUGCGAUGCGUGCACCUGCCAAACUUCAAGAUUAUUACGUUCAUAUCCAUCCUCAUUUUCUUCGACGACAUAUUUAUGGUGUUCAUCACAUCUUUAAUUUCGAAAGACUUGAGCGUGAUGGAGAGCGUUGCGAGAGGCGUGCAAGACCUGCCCGUGCUCAUGCGCGUGCCACUGUUUUUCACCGGUGACGCGACCGUCUGCAGAGCUAACUCGAUGAUGCUGGGCUACGGGGACAUUGCAAUUCCAGGUUUUGCUAUCGCCUACUGCCGCUCCUACGACGUCAUCGUCAAGAAUAGACCAUGGUACUUCCUGCUCGCGAUUGCAUGUUACGGCGUGUCUUUGGUGUUCACGUUCUUCAUGGGACACCUCAUGAACACUGGUCAGCCAGCACUUCUCUACCUCGUUCCUGGCGUAUUGUUGCCCACCAUCCUGCUCGCUUGGUAUCGCGGUGAUCUGCAUAACUUCUGGAAUGGAGAAUUCGUUCCCAAGAAGGGACUGAUGAGUUCUCACCAGGACGUGUGCGUUUCGUCGAGUGAGCAGUUCCAGAUGAUCCAGAGCCGGGGCUUGCUCUACGUCACGACCCCGUUGUUCGCGUGGCUCGCGGUGCCGUUGCCUGUAUCGCAGAAGGCCUACGACGCGAAGUAGAACUGUGGCUCUGGCGGGUUAGAUUUAGGCUGCUUGAGUGACGGACAUUAGCUUGAUUACUGCUACGCAAUAAUACCCACCGAAUAGGAGAAUGAAUCCGGGAGCUUGUUCUUUGAUCUUCAUACCGACAGUAGCUGGAGUGAGCCAUCUGUUGACGUGUGGAACACCUUGCUUUAUAUUUUGUUAUUUGUCUUUAGUGACGAGGUGCUCUCGUGCACACGUUUUCGAACCAAGAUAGACAAACUUUUCGGAUAUCUGAAGUCAAGAUAAGGGCCGACAGACGGAAGUACAACAAGAUUAGAAAAUUAAGAAAUUUCUGAGAAACACAGCACAAAAGAGGAGAUGGGACAAGGGAGAAAUUUCAGAUAUGCAGUGACGUAUACAGGCUAUAUCAAAAUAGGGUCAACUAUUCUUUCCUUUUUGAGUAGCCCCUGUACCUAAACCGAGUAUGCUGUUGAUAUAUUUCCUGUUCAGUAUUCAGAAUAGGAGAGGAAGUACUUGCUGUAAGUUUGAAUUCGAGGAUAUAGAUGACUUUGUUGCGGAAAAAAUAAAAAUAAGUGUAUGGUAUGCCACGGUCCAGAAACUUUUGCGAUUGGAGGCACGUACCGGUACAUUGUGAAAAGUUGGCCAAUCUAACCUGAAUUUACGAAGCGAGGUACGCUCUAAACAGAAAGGGUUACCAGAGUCGUCGGUAUGCGUUCAUAAAGGGUAAGAAAACGAGGUGGAGGUGGUUGUGCUUGUAGUUGCGGUUGUAGUUCCUGAGGUAUGGGCUGCAAAAACAGUAAGUUCUGUUUUCUCGUGGCCCACGACAUUGCGGCGGGACUUCAUCUCCCGGUCCCAUCGUGGGCGGAGCCACCGACUUGAUCUUCGGGAGCCUUCGGGUUUGGCUCCCCAAGAUCUCAGUCCCUCUGUACUGAAAUAAAGUUCAUGUCGUCUCGCAAGUUAUUAUUGCAAAUGGGGCACCUACAACUGAGUGCUGUGAAUUUGCGUUGGGCAAUCGAAGCGUUAUUUCUGUCAGCUCCGCGACUAGUAAACUAUAGUGUUACUUAACAAAGCAGAAAGGAGGGGAGUGCGUCGAAGAUGAAGAAACUCUACACGGCCUGCUUGAACCACGGCACAAGCAUGGUAAGGAAGUGACGGAAAAGAAAGGCUGCUCCAAACAAAUUAGCGCCUUAACAUUAGCGCACACACGUGUUCAUUAACAUUAUCGAACAAUUUCAAGCUACUCGAUGUCGAGUCAAUGAAGCGAGGCCUUGUGGUUCGACGGCAACGUGAAGACACUGCCCAUUAGUGUGCACAACGUCUUUAUAAUGAGUGGUGGUGCAGAUACACAUUUCUCAACAGCCGCACUAACAAGGCCACAAGUGAGAGCAACGUGCUUCGAGUUAAUGGGCUUUCACUUCCACAAAUCGUGAGAUGCCACACUAUUCCGCAAUAACCGAUGCCGUUCCCUAAUAGUCAUGGCCUAAGGGGAUCUACAAGCGUCCAAACAGCAAAACAACCUUCGUUCUCCCUGUCACGAUCUUUUUCUUUUACUUUGGCGCGUGGACUAAAAGGCGCCAAAUGUUUCUCUUACUAGUGAAAUCUACCGAGCGGUUUCUUAUAUCAAGUUUCCAUGACAACAGGGUUUUUGCAAGAAGAAAAAGCAAUACAGCACGCAUGAGAAAUUUCCCCGCCUCCUUAACUUCCUCCUCAAUAAAGAAGAAAUGUAACUAACUCUCCACUUUCGUGCGGUUGCCACUUCUUUAUCAUGUCACUUUCACUUCUUUUUUCAUUUACUUUUUUUUAACCAGACAUGCGAACUUUCAGUUCCCCACGACAACCAUUUCCCUGCCAAUUAGUGCGUUACCGCUUGCCUUGGUUGCAUGUCUUGCUUUGCCCAUAUUCAGUGCGAUCGCUCUUCAUUGCAUAGCAUUCAACGCUAUGGCGCUCGAUCGUCCAGCUUUGGACGUUAUUUCAGCAUUUGGGCCACAAGCCAUAAGCAUAUCCAAUUUGAAAUGUAAGAGUGCUUAAGUAAAUGACUAACUGAUAUACAAUGCCACCACUAUAUCCACUUGUUCUUUCAUUUUUUGACACAUUCGUGGUUUACGGGGACAGUCGCCUUGUUGGAAGAACGCCUACGGGGAAAUAUAGGCACCGUGGCAAGCAGCAGGCGUGUGUCAGGCAGCAGGCAUUGGUUAGUUCUAUCGCGAUCAGGGGCGCCGUUUCGACUUUCACAUUUCCUGACGGUGAUCCCACAGCAGUGGGCGGUAGUCCGACGAGUUGUC